AUGUGGUCUUGUCUGUACCUGGUCGCACGAUGCACCCUGGGCAUCUAUGAUGAUCAUCUUCGCUUCACAAAUGCAUCCAAGUGCACUCCUCUCGCACUUGCGUCUGGGAGAGCCGCGUUCUCAACAAAGGACGUCAGCCUCCUCGUCCCCACCAUCGACACGCCAGACGACUUUGUGGAGUGCAUCAAGUCAUGGCUUGCCAACUCGCCGCGUGAGGUAAUUAUUGUAACAGUGACACGAGAUCUGCAGCGGCUCAACGAGCUGCUGGCUUUGGCGGGAUUGAGAGUCAGUAGCAAUGCAGGCGUGCCGAUCUCAGUUAUAACGGUCCCUCGGCCGGGGAGACGGGAGCAGAUGGUUGUGGCGCUGCGUAAAGCCACAGGCAAGAUUGUAGCUUGGGUCGACGAUGACACGUACUGGCCCAGCGACAAGGUCCUGCCACACUUGCUGGCCGGCUUCGAGGACCACAGGGUUGGCGGCGCGGGAGGGAAGCAGAGCGCCUUUGUCCCUCCUGAGCGCCGAGAUGCGAACGUCAUCACGCCGUCCGAGGUUGCCUCGAUCCGCGCCAUCAACAGCUUCGUCACCCUCAACGCCGCAGAGUACGCGAGAGCGGGCGUCGUGUGGUGUCUCGCGGGCCGGACACUGCUCGCCCGUGCUGCAGCCGUGCAGACAGACGACUUCUGCCACGCCCUGACGCACGAGACUUGGAUGGGCCAGAAGAUCAACACGGGCGACGAUGGCUUCGUCACGCACUAUCUACUGAGGCAUGGCUGGCGGCUCGCCUUCCAGAGCGCGCCCGAGGCAGAGGUCCUCACGCGGGUCGAACCCGCCGCGGGCAGCUUUGUCAAACAGCUCGUCCGGUGGCGGAGGUCGGGCUAUCGCAGCUUCCUUGCGCUCGUGCUGGACUGGCCAGGGUUCUCGAGGGUGUAUGCUGAGUACCCCCGCUUCGCACUGUCAGUGGUGCGGUAUCUGCUCAAACCGGUUUCGGUCGUGGUCCACACCGUCGCGUGGAUCCAUGCCUUCUGGGUGCACCCAAAGUUCGCGUAA